ACAUGAAGCAGCACUUCCUACCGACUGUUCCCUUGUGAUCUCUCCACCACCACACCUCAACUCUCUCACCUCUGCCUCUGUUUCUUCUGCCUUCUAGACGUUAUAUGUAUAACGUCUUUUCUUGAUCAUCUUUUCUAUGGUGGUACCCUUCUGUUGAUAGAUUUAUCAUACGGUUUGUCGAGCCAGUGCUCACCGGCUUUGGUCAGAACAUUGCAGAGACACAGAGGAAUGGGAGAUGAGGUUGAUGAUUCGACCAACUCAUCCUCUAGAUUGUUGUUGGUGUUGUUCCUUCUCAUGGGCGCAUCUUCCCUUGUUGCUUCUCAUGACGGCCUGCUAUACGAUUCAACAGCCUACACAAAGUGUUUGGGGAAGCCGGCGAGGCCACUUUACAACGGAGGCAUUCUAAAGGAUAUUAAGAUUACUUCCGCAAGCAAUGACUCUUCUCCAUCUCUUUCGUUGUGCAAUCUCACCCAAGUAACCAAGUACUCUUUCUCCAGUUGGGUUAAGAUCGAUGGAGCAGAUUCCGCCCUCAUACGUGUGAGCCUGAGGACAGAAAAUGAGUUAUAUAGUUGUAUAGGGAAUGUAAUGGCAAGGAGUGGAUGUUGGUCAUUCCUCAAGGGCGGAUUCACUCUGAGUUCACCAUCAAAUGCUACAUUAUCGUUUCAGGGUCCUGGUAGUACAGAUGUCACUAUAGCUAUCGAAAGCGCCUCUUUACAGCCCUUCACUGAUGAGCAAUGGAGAAAGAGUCAAUAUCACAUAAUAAACAAAGUAAGGAAACGCCCCGUGACGAUCCACGUCACCGAUGAAAAUGGAGAAAGGCUGCAAGGAGUGGACAUUCAAGUCAAGCAGGUCUCCAAGGAAUUCCCAUUUGGAUCUGCGAUAGCUAAGACCAUCCUCGGAAACAUCCCAUACCAGAAAUGGUUCGUGGAGCGGUUCAAUGCAGCGGUCUUCGAGAAUGAGCUAAAAUGGUAUGCAACUGAACCCGAGCAGGGUAAAAUUAAUUACACCAUAGCAGAUCAGAUGCUAAAAUUCGUCCGAGAGAGUGGAGCCACUGUCCGGGGGCACAACAUAUUCUGGGAGGAUCCAAAGUACACCCCUGCCUGGGUCGGGAACCUCAUGGGCCUGGACCUGGAGAAAGCCGUGAAAGCCCGAAUAACAAGCCUGCUGGACCGGUACAAGAAGGAGUUCGUGCACUGGGACGUGAGCAACGAGUUGCUCCAUUUUAAUUUCUACGAGCAGAGACUCGGACCCAACGCGACGCUAGACUUCUUCAAGACGGUCCAUGAAUCAGACCCUCUGGCAACGCUUUUCUUGAAUGAGUUCAACGUGGUGGAGACAUGCAGCGAUGUCAGUUCCAGUGUCGAUGGGUACAUUUUGAAGCUAAGGGAGCUCAGGAGGGGCGGUGUGUCGAUGGAUGGGAUUGGGCUGGAGAGCCACUUUGAUGCACCGAAUAUCCCCCUCAUGAGGGCUGUAAUCGAUAAGUUGGCCACGCUAGGACUCCCGAUUUGGCUCACGGAGGUUGAUAUCAGCAACAAAUUCGAUAAGAAGACACAGGCUGUUUAUUUGGAAGAAGUGCUGAGGGAAGGCUUCUCGCACCCCUCUGUGAAUGGAAUAAUGAUGUGGACAGCGCUCCACCCUUACGGAUGCUACCAAAUGUGCCUGACCGAUGCCGACUUUAGGAACCUACCUACCGGUGAUGUGGUCGACAAGCUUCUCCGAGAGUGGAGAACCGAGGACAUACAGGGCCAGACAGACGAGUACGGAUCAUACAGCUUCUUUGGGUUUCUAGGUGAAUAUUCAGUUACUCUCGAGCACGGGAACGGUACUGCGACGUCAACAUUUGCACUGUCCCAAGGUGAGGAAACCAAGCAUGUCACAAUUCACUUGUAAACAUUCACACACAAUGCCAGAAAAUAGUGUUCAUCAUGGGGGAGAUCCAAAUGAUUAACAUCAUCUAUAGCUAAUUCGUCUGCUUUCUCAGAGAUCGGUUGAAUCAUUUGCAGAAUUUAAUGUAUUGACAAUUACAUUCGGUCUAUCUUAAACAUAGUCACCAACAAACUGUUAAUUGAGUGGUAAACAGUAUCAAUCCCGGUAUAGGAGAUUACAAGUA